UGAAAUCAGUAACCAAGCUUUUAAAAUAAAGGAAAACCUCCUACUCCGCUAUACAUAUAAUUACUUUCAUUAUUUAGCUACUUUUCCGGCAGCCGCAACAAACGCUGGCCCAAGCCUGCAAAUUGUUGCCAGCAACUGGCCCGCUGGCUGCCCACUGGCAUUUGUUCAACUACUCAAAAAUGCACUUUGUAAACAAACCUUUUGGGUGUUGGCCACAUCAAGCCGCUCAUCUGGAUGAAAUGAAAAGGCUGUUAGAUGUAAUGCAGCAACGUGCUCCCGAUGUUGAACAUCAGUUCAAAGAAAAGUCAAAUGAGUUGGAAAUGGCGCAGCUUAUCAUACGCCAGUUGUCGGAUAAGGCCAAUGUAAACCAAGGCCGCAAUCGGAUAGAGACCUCGACGCAGACGCAAUUUAUGUACGAGCAACAGAUUAGAGACUUACAAGCUAUGGUGCAACAAUUGACGUAUGCCAAAGAAAGGAAUUUAUGAUGGUCACAAAUAUAUUGGCAAAAACAUAGCAAGUGCAUAUGCCAAGUUGGAAAAAUUGACAAUGCUGGCCAAAAAGAAGAGUCUUUUUGAUGAUCGACCGCAAUAGAUUCAAGAAUUUACUUACAUCAUGGUGUAUGCGUUACAAUCUAAAUUAGCCAGCAUGGGCACCGACUUCAAACAGAUACUAGAAGUGCGUAUAGAAAAUCUCAAACAACAAAAAGCGCGUCGGGAUCCAUUCGGGCAGUCACCAAUUGCUGCUAGCACUGUUCGCUCGAGUACAGCGAAACAGGGCUCCUUGCUGUUAAGCGAAGAGAAUACGGCCGUAAGCAUUGACAUGGCCGCAAGUGAUACAACACCAUUGCUGGGUGCAGUCGGAGGUAGUGGAAUACAGACGCAGCAGCAGAUUGCAUUAUAUGAUGACUCCGAUAGUUACGUGCAACAGCGGGCUGAGAC